AUGACGCCCCAGGCGCUUCCGUCGCCCGUCAUGUCGCCCCAAGCGCUUCCGUCGCCCAUCAUGUCGCCCGCGCCCGUCUUCACACCCAUGCAGUCCCCGGAGGUUAUGACGCCGCUCCAGUCGCCGCUCUCGUCAGUGCACUCGCCGAUGCACUCGACGGUACUGACGCCGACGGCCACUACGGACGAGGUGCCGGCGGUCGUGUGUCUCGCCGACGACUUGGACGACACGACGCGCGAAAUGGCGCCGAGUUUUACCGAUCGCGCGUCCGACGUGUCAGCAAUGACGGACCGUGCCUCCGACGCCAACCCGAUGAUCCUGGCCAAUCAGGACGACGCCAUGAGCACGCUCUACUCGAUUAUCUGGACGGGCGGUCCGCUUGGCAUUGCGAUCAAGCUCAACCGCCAUGACGAGGUGUGCGUCAUGGCGCUCACCGGCGGUGGCCUCGCGGGCGAGUCGGACAUCAUCAAUGUGGGCGACGUGCUCGUCGCUGUUGGCAACGUCACUGUGCGUCAAGCCACGCUCGAGGAGACGUCGCGCGUUCUGAAGGAGACGCCGACGCCCGUGUCGCUGGUGUCGAUGGACAUGGUCCCGACGUCGGCGCGCGGCAUCUCGACAUCGGUGGACGACGCCCACAGUAGCCCGAGUUCGUCCGAGUCCAAGGCCGGUGCCAUCUUUUCUGUCGUCUGGGAAGGCGGUCCUCUCGGCAUCGUGGUGCGCAAGAACGCGCAGGAUGAAAACUUCGUCAAAGACUUUACUGGCGACGGGCUCUCGGCGCAGUCGGACUUGAUUCGGCGCGGCGACGUGCUCAUCUCGGUCGCCGACGUCCGUGUCCGGAACCUCUCGCUCGCGGCCGCGUCGCAGGUGAUGCAAUCGGUGCGCAAGCCGACGUUCCUCGUUUUCCGUCGUCAGGCGCUCGCCGACGCCAAUGCCGCGGCCUAG